CCGAGGAACCCCGCAUGGGAAACGGGGGGCGGCAGGUUUCUCGGGGCCCGGUCGGUGCGACCAGGCUGAAAGUGACUCCCUCCGAGCUUCGGUCCGGAAGUGCUGGCUUUCCCCGGCGGCCCGGAGCAGGUGGCUGCCGUCGGGGGUGGCCCUCUGGACGGGAGUGGAGCCGGAGAUAGAGGAAGCGCCCUAGGCUGGGUCUGCUUGAGCAACUGGUGAAACUCCGCGUCUCCUGCCCCGAGUGUGUCCUGGUCCAGAAGAGCCAUCACGUGACGGCAGCCCUUUGAGGUCCUCGGCAGCUCGGCCUGGAGAGAACACAUGAGAAAAAGAAUUCCAAGCGGCUCUGUGUUCUUUGAAAGGGUAUUUCUGUACAGUUGCUCCAAUGACAGAGAUACCUGCACCCUUGUCCUACUUCCAGAAUGCUCAGAUGUCUGAGGACAGCCACUCCAGCAGCACCGUCCGUAGCCAGAGUGACAGUCAAGAACGGCACCAGUACCAUGACAGGCGGAGACUUGACAACCCUGAGCAGCCGGUAUCUAAUGGUCGACCCCAGAGUAACUCACGGCAGGUGGUGGAACAAGAUGAGGAAGAAGAUGAAGAGCUGACAUUGAAAUAUGGAGCCAAGCAUGUCAUCAUGCUCUUUGUCCCUGUGACUCUCUGUAUGGUGGUAGUCGUGGCCACCAUCAAAUCAGUCAGCUUCUAUACCCGGAAAGAUGGACAGCUAAUCUACACCCCAUUCACGGAAGACACUGAAACCGUAGGCCAAAGAGCCCUGCACUCGAUUCUGAACGCGGCCAUCAUGAUCAGCGUCAUCGUUGUUAUGACCAUCCUCCUGGUGGUCCUCUAUAAAUACAGGUGCUACAAGGUCAUCCAUGCCUGGCUUAUUGUUUCAUCUCUGCUGUUGCUGUUCUUUUUUUCAUUCAUUUACUUAGGGGAAGUAUUUAAGACCUACAAUGUUGCUGUGGACUACAUUACAGUUGCACUCCUGAUCUGGAAUUUUGGUGUGGUGGGGAUGAUUGCCAUUCACUGGAAAGGCCCACUUCGACUGCAGCAGGCGUAUCUUAUUAUGAUCAGUGCCCUGAUGGCCCUGGUAUUUAUCAAGUACCUCCCUGAGUGGACCGCAUGGCUCAUCUUGGCUGUGAUUUCAGUAUAUGAUUUGGUGGCUGUUUUGUGCCCCAAAGGUCCACUUCGUAUGCUGGUUGAAACAGCUCAGGAAAGAAAUGAAACUCUCUUCCCAGCUCUUAUCUAUUCCUCAACAAUGGUGUGGUUGGUGAAUAUGGCUGAAGGAGACCCAGAAGCCCAAAGAAGGGUACCCAAAAACCCCAAGUAUAGCACACAAAGAGCAGAAAGUGAGACACAGGACACUAGUACUGGGAACGAUGAUGGUGGCUUCAGUGAGGAAUGGGAAGCCCAAAGGGACAGUCACCUGGGGCCUCAUCGCUCCACGCCCGAGUCAAGAGCUGCUGUCCAGGAACUCUCCAGCAGUAUCCUCACUAGUGAAGACCCGGAGGAAAGGGGCGUGAAACUGGGACUGGGGGAUUUCAUUUUCUACAGUGUUCUGGUUGGUAAAGCCUCGGCGACCGCCAGUGGAGACUGGAACACCACCAUCGCCUGCUUUGUGGCCAUACUGAUCGGCCUGUGCCUUACGUUACUGCUACUCGCCAUCUUCAAGAAGGCGCUGCCAGCUCUUCCCAUCUCCAUCACCUUUGGGCUGGUUUUCUACUUCGCCACAGAUUAUCUCGUGCAACCCUUCAUGGACCAGCUUGCAUUCCAUCAGUUUUAUAUCUAGCCCGUCUGCAGUUAGAACCCAUGGAUGUUUCCUCUCUGAUGAUUAAAUACCUGAGGAGGACACAGGUGACUUCUCCAUGUCCUCGCUAACGACGUCAAGACUCCAGCUGGACUUUGGCAGCUUCCUUCCAAAUUUCCCUGGCCACCUGCACUGUUGGACUUUGGAAGGAGGUGUCUACAGAAAAUGGUUUCCAACAGUCAUCAUUAGGUGGACAGACGUCCCUCAGUGCAGCAACUACCAGAUUUGAGAGACAAGGACCAGAAAACGUGCUGCACCAAGAAGUUGUGCUCUGCCAGCGGUGUGACCCCUGGGCACGGAGAUUCUACCAAUCCUGGGAACUCUCGGGAGGCUAAACAGAACUUCCGUCAUGCACACCAUGUUGGAAAUAAAACAUGUGUUAGCUGAA